AUGACCUCAGGUCCAUCCAUGGAACGUGCAAAGGAAAUUGUUACUGAUUGGAUGCAGCUGUAUGUGGAUCCUAGCAUGCCUGGUCAGGAUGCAAGUGUUAUGGUUAUGGUAGCUAAAGCCAUGGAAAACCCACAAUUUGUUAUUCAAGUGUACAAGUGUUUACGAGACGCAGGUGUAUCACCUUCGCCCAUAACGCUCGAAUACUCGGCUGCAGCAUGUGCACAACUUGGUGAAUGGAAUACGGUUUUGGAAAUUAUUGACUUUAUGCACCAGGAAGAAGAGAUCAUGCCACCGUCACUAAGCAUUUAUGAAAAUGCCAUUCGAUCGUGUCAUGCCGCUAAGAAAUGGAUGAAAGCCAAGCGUUUAUUGGAAGAGAUGCGUACAUAUAAAUUAAGAGCCUCUACCGAGCUAUAUAUGAUGUCAAUUCGACUUUGUAUUGACUGCAAGGAACUUACUGCAACGCGUGUACUUUUUAAAGCAUUGUUGCACGCAUAUGAUGAAGAACUAGAUGAAAUGGAGAAGCAAGAGAUUGUGACGGACUUGAUUACUGCGGCUUUGGACGCACAAUCUCUGCCACAAACACUUUUCUUCCGGGAAGAAUUGCUAACGAGAAACUAUUCAGUCUCGAAAAUACUUUAUACACGAGUGAUUCAUUUGUGUGCUGUCGAAAGAAAAUGGCACAUGGCCCGAGUAUUGCUGCAACAGUAUGUGGACAUCAACGCACGUCCACCACAAGCAGCUUUAUCCAAUAGGUACACAGAUGAUAUCGAACGUUUGUUCAAAGAGAUGGAAAUUCAGGAUUUCGAGAUUUCACUCGCUGUGUACAAUGCGGCAUUGAGAAACUUUGGCCAAUUGUCGCUACUGGACGAUGCAGUUGCUAUCUACUCGAAGAUGCGUGCACGUAAUGUGAUACCAGAUGCCACGUCUUUUGCAGCAUUGAUCUGCGCUUGUGGCACUCAUGUGGAGCAAUCUAAAAUCUUCUUUACUGAGCUACAGCAUCACCAGUGUAAGCCAACGUUAAAUGUUGUGCAUGGGUAUCUACUUGUACCUAGUCGAGCUAAACAAUGGGAAGAAGUGAUAAAUCGGUAUGUGUCGAUACAAGAGUGUGGAUUAUUGGAAAAGUUGCCACUUGAGUCAGACGUACGAAUCCAGUCUCUCAUUGCAAUUGCAUACGGUCGGUUAUAUCGAUCUGAGGAGAUGCUUCGUGUCUUUACUUCUAUGAAAGUGCAGGGAUUGGAGCCGAAUUUACACGUUUAUGGGGAAGCUAUGUUUUCGUACAUUAGACAGACAAAAUGGCGGCAUGCUUUAAUGCUCUUUGACCACAUUUUCCAGCACCAGACGCUGCAAAUGAAAGAGAAACGGAUGCUUGAGAAUUUUCCAAUGUUGUGGGAUGCCGCAGUGUUGGCCUGUGUGCACGGUAAAGACACCCAACGUGCUGCAAAUUUAUGCAAUAUGAUUAUAAACCAGCGCGUUCCAAUCUCGAUGGUGACUGGAGAGCGUUUAGCAGCAAUGCUGACAAGUUUUCCGAUGGAAACUUUGUGGAAUUCAUUCAAAAUGAUUCCAUCACUACAUCGUACGAAGAAUAAUGGACGUUUGAAUCCACGUGUACAGAACGCUAUACUCAAACGUGUGGUCAACGAAAGUGAUACGAUGUUGGCUGAAAAAAUUGUAGCUGAAGGGUGGCAAGAGAUACGGAUUAUCCCCAACUCGAUGACAUUUGCUCUAAUGUUGCGCUUGUAUUCACAUCUAGAAGACCAGAUAAACUUUAAUAAGUGGUGGUCUCGAAUGGAACAAGCAAACGUGAAGCCAACGAUUUAUAUUUUUCGUUCUCUUAUGCGUCAGUUAAAUGUCUUGAGCGUAAAAUGCGAGAAUGAAGCGUAUUUGGAAUCAUUUGCGAGUUUUUUGCAGCAUAAGUCGAUUCGAUAUCAGAGUGAAAAAGCAAUAAAGUUUGAAAAUGCCAGAAAAUAUGCAGCUCACCUUGGUCGAAUCGCAUUGGAUGUUAUGGAGCAAUGUGAAAUAGAUCCAGAUGCUUUAUGUCUACAAAAUUAUCUUCUGCUGAGUCAAGAUUCGCAUCAUGUGGCUCGUGUCCUUGAUUCUGUAGAAGAUGCAAUAUCAGUAUUUCAAAGAGAUUCUAACGAUGAUAAUCAAGAUUAUGGUUUACUCUCUCCUCGGCUACUGCAUACGCUGUUCACUACACUCACUAAUUUUCCCGACGGCCGACGUGUGCAGAAUCUUUUGGUACAAAUUGUACGAGAUCUUCCAAGUGACAUUUCUGAAGAUGCACUCGCUGCUUUUUGUGCUGCUAAUGAUGGAAUCCAUGCGCUGCAACUACUGCGCGAAUUGCUGAAUGCUAACUGUGCUUUAAGCGACGAACAUAUUUUGUAUUUUCUUACGAACAGUUAUACGUGCAAAACGUCUACACUAGAAACCGAGACAUCUCGUCCCCGAAGUGGAGAUCAUGUAAUCGUCGACAUGGCUAUGCUAUUAUGUGAAAGCAAAAAUGUGAUGAUGGAGGCAUCAAGUUUGACAUUCCUGAUACAACAGGUUGUAGAGCUUUCCAAGUGGCAAGAGCGAGAUGUGUACGAAAAAUCAACGCAGGAAGAGAUUGAUAGUAUGAAUAAGUUACUUGUACGUGCCUUUUUAGAGUUCUCCGUAUCCCAAGUUCAAGAUUUUCUUGUGAAUGUGGUCAACCCAGAUGAUCUAGUUUAUUUCGAUAGCAUAUUUGAUGAGCUGCAAGCGAACUAG